AUGGUUAACAGCCAAACCAUCCACGCAUAUCGCCAUCUAUACCGCGGGCUUCUGCAUGCCGUGCAGUUCUCGAAACCAGCACGCUAUGUAGCUCGAGACCAGCUCAGGAAAGCAUUCCGGGAGAAAAACGCGGUGUUAGACCCUAGAGGCGUCGGUCGAACGUUGCGGUUUUUAGAUGCGGCAGCCAAAGCCCGUGGGUUGGAGCAUGCAGUGCUCAAGAAUCUCUUGACUGUGGCUUUCUGGAGAUACUAUCAUCGUCGGCCGUCGUGGCACUUCAUGAUGCACGAUAAGAGGACCAAGAGAAAAACAACCGAGUUUCAAGAACAUGUUGAAGCUACGGCAUACAAGCACUACGAUAUGACUGUGGCAAUGCUCAAUAAGUCCAUGGGACUUUGCUUGCGAUGA